ACCUAUAUAUACCACAUUCCUCAAGAGAUUUCGGACAAUCGAAUCCAGCAUCACAUAAACACGCGACUCAAACUAGAUUUCCAUUUUCUCAACAUUUCUAGUAAGUACAAGAAUGUCUCUGAUUUCAAGCGUUCUUGGCAACCGCCGAAUCAACGUCCUCGACCCAUUUUCCCUGGAUAUCUGGGAUCCCUUUGAGGGUUUCCCGCUCUCAACCACACUUUCCAACGCUCCGGGCUCCGCCGGCUCCGAGGCCUCGGCGUUAGCCGCCGCCGCUAGGAUUGAUUGGAAAGAGACGCCGGAGGCCCAUGUGUUCAAGGCUGAUGUUCCCGGCCUGAAGAAGGAGGAGGUGAGGGUGGAGGUUGAAGACGGUAGGAUUCUGCAAAUCAGCGGGGAGAGAAGCAAGGAGCAGGAGGAGAAGAACGACAAGUGGCACCGCGUGGAGAGGAGCAGCGGCAAGUUUCUCCGCCGCUUCAGGCUGCCGGAGAAUGCCAAGUUAGAUCAGAUUAAGGCGGCGAUGGAGAACGGGGUGUUGACUGUCACUGUGCCGAAGGAGGAAGUGAAGAAGCCUGAGGUCAAGGCCAUUGACAUUUCUGGUUGAUUGGUGCAAUCUCAGUUUGAUGAAAUUGAUCAACUUUCGCUAUAUUAUAUAUUGAUCCGCAACAAUUGUGUGUGUAUUAAUUGAAGAUGUGUGCAAUUUCCUUUGAAAUGUAUAAUAAAAAUACACCAAUCUUCUUACAUAACCAAA